AAAAGCUGUGGUAUACCUUGGCUGAGACUGGCAGUGCAUGCACCAUGGACCCUUCGUUCCUGCUGUCCUUUCCUUUGCUCCUGACUCUAUUGCCACCUUGUAAUGCUUGUCUUUGUAAAUUACUGCACCCCCAGACUGUUUACUGCGAGACGGAUGUCGUCAUAAUUGUUGAUAUACUGGGACCAGGAGAAAUCACCAGAACUAGACGAAAUUUCAAAGUCAACGUCACUCAGAUACUGAAGGCUCCCAAGGGGACCUCUGAAAUCCGUUAUAUCUACACACCCCGCAGAGAGGAGGACUGUGGUUACACAGUGGUCAAUUCUCACCAGUCACAAUUACUUAUUGCAGGUUACCUGAGUAGGGGGAAGGUGUACUUCACAAGAUGCCAUCUGUUUUAUUUUUGGUAUCGGCUUACGCCACAUCAGCAAUUAGGUUUCCAGUCAGUGUACAACGCAGGAUGUGACUGUCAAAUUCUGCCCUGCCUUCUCUGCUGGCGCAACUGCCCUGAACCUGAUGUCACAGACUGUACAUGGAAACAAGCAAACUGUGAGUACAGUAUAUGGCAAGGAGACGACUCCCUGUUUUCCACGUGUGUUCCUUCGACAUCUGGUCGGUGUGGGUGGACGAGAAUUUCACUCCGGCCCUCAAAUACAACUUCGCCAAACUCUUUGCUUACAACGAUUCCUCCAAGCUCUUCACUUACGCCUUUACCAUAGGUUUUAAUAUUCUCUUUCUUGAUCUGGGUGAUGUUGAUAGAACUGGGUUCAUUUUGUAAGCAAUCAUUGAGUUGUACGCUGAAAUUU